AUGAACCUCGUGGGCAGCUACGCACACCAUCACCACCAUCACCACCCACACCCGGCGCACCCCAUGCUCCACGAAUCCUUCUUUUUUGGUCCGGCCUCCCGUUGCCACCAGGAGCGGCCCUAUUUCCAGAGCUGGCUGCUGAGCCCGGCUGAGGCUGCCCCAGAUUUCCCUGCGGGCGGGCCACCACCUACCCCCGCAGUAGCGGCGGCUGCCUAUGGUCCCGAUGCCCGGCCGGGUCAGAGCCCAAGUCGGCUGGAGGCUCUUGGAGGCCGCCUGCCCAGGCGAAAAGGCUCGGGACCCAAGAAGGAGCGGAGGCGCACAGAGAGCAUUAACAGCGCGUUCGCAGAGCUGCGUGAGUGCAUCCCCAACGUGCCGGCGGACACCAAGCUCUCCAAGAUCAAGACUCUUCGCCUGGCCACCAGCUACAUCGCCUACUUGAUGGACGUGCUGGCCAAGGAUGCACAAGCGGGUGACCCGGAGGCCUUCAAGGCUGAACUCAAAAAGGCGGAUGGCGGCCGCGAAAGCAAGCGGAAAAGGGAGUUGCCUCAGCACGAAGGCUUUCCUCCUGCCCUGGGGCCUGGUGAGAAGAGGAUUAAAGGGCGCACCGGCUGGCCUCAGCAAGUCUGGGCACUGGAGCUAAACCAGUGAGACCAGGCCGGCGCCGAGGACCCGGCCGUGGCUGGCCCACCUG